AUGCCCAGGACGGCCCUGUGCAAGAAUUGGCCUAUUCGAAAUGUCAGUGGCUCCCCUGUCGAAAGUAAAGCUGGAGUCACCCCGAUAUUUGAGGCACAGCUGUGCUUAGUGAUACCAGAAUUAGUUUUCUCUCCAUCCCUGGAGUCUGGAGUGAAGGGUGGCUUCUACGACACCGUCGAGGGUCUGGUGGCCAACAUUUUUGGAAUAUCGUCUUUGGUGCCACGGCUUUCCCCACAGGACGGCUCUCUCCACUACCAGGUUGACAUGGAGGGCGUGGCCCACUUGGCCAGCUUGAGGAGCACGCUCCUGGACAGGGUUCAGAGCAUGAUGGCCCUCUGCAGUGGCUAUCGGAACACUUUCAGCCAAUACUCCUACCUCUACGUGGAGGACCGGAAGGAGGUUCUGAGUCAGUUUCUGUUGUAUGGACGUGUCCUCACACCCGAGGAAAUGGAAGCCCACAUAGAUGAUGGCCUUCCAGAGAACCCCCCUCUCCUCCAUCAGUUCAAGGCACAGAUCGACUCCUACGAAAAGCUCCACGAAGAAGUGUGUGGGCUGGAGCCCGUCAAGGUGUUUGACGGCUGGAUGAAAAUCGACGUGCGACCCCUUAAAGCAUCUCUGCUGAACCUCAUUAAGAGGUGGAGCCUCAUGUUCAAGCAGCAUCUCGUUGACCACGUCACUAACAGACCGAGCACAAGUGGAGGAGGGGCAGAGAGAGGAAGACACAGAAUCCGAAGCAGGCUCCAGGCUCCGAGCUGUCAGCAUAGAGCCCCAUGCAGGGCUCGAACCCGUGAACCGUGAGAUCAUGACCUGAGCUGAAGUCAGCUGCUUAACCGACUGAGCCACCCAGGCGCCCCUCUCUCAUUUAUCAUUCUGUCCCCAGAAACUGGAGCCAUGGUUGGGCUCAAAUAUUUGAUACAUUGAUCUAUCUCAUUCUAUGUAAUAGAUGCUCAAUAAAUAUUUUUGAAAUAAAGACUGAAUCUCACUUAACUCCCACCAUAACCAGUGAGUUUUUCCAAUCAUAUAGGUGAGGAAACUGAGGCCCAGAGAUGGCAAAUGACUUGGCCGUGGUUACACAUCUAGUGAGUGUCCAAAUCAAACCCAAGUGUGGUAUGACUUUCGAGGCCAUGAUAUUUUUUUUCCCAGUGUUUUGAAAUUUUUUUUCCUAAAUUUCACCUUGAAAUAAUGUCAGACUUAAAAAAAAAAAAAAGUUGCCAAAACCGUACAGAGCUCACGUGUACCUUCCCUGAGCUUUCUCAAAUGAUGCCAUCUUCUCUAAUCAUAAUGUAGUUAUCAAAGCCAGAAAGUUGAUGUUGGUGUAGAACUAGUUUCUGAUGUACAGGCCGCCUUCCCAUUUCACCAGUCGCCCCACUAACGUGUCCUCUCUCCUCCGGCGCGGAGGUCCCGGUCUCUGUCUUUCACGGCUGUGAAAACACGA